UUGCUUUCCUACCCUUAAAUGAAGUAUGACAUAUUUUCGUUUUCAACUGAAUUAAGAUAAGCUUUUUAACAUUAUUAUGCAUGUAAACUUCGGCUAGCCUUAUAAAAAGACCAGCAGAAGUGAAAAGAAUUCAGUUUAUUAUAUUUGCGCGAUGUAUAAAGGGAUUCUGCUGUUGCUCUUAGUUCUACUAGAGAGUUCGUUCCAUGUCAACGGUGAAUGUCGACUGAAUGUUAACUACAUUGAGAACUCAAACGGUACGCUCACUUAUUAUGAUGAACAUGGAAAACUACAAAUACAGAGAUUCCCGUCUUUUGAUGAGAAUCAUAAACUUGAACUACACUGUCUCAACCAGCGUAAAAUUUCGGUUAAGAAUCUGGAAUGUGAUCGUGGAAUAGUAAAUCCAAAAGAUCCAGUGAUGUGUGAUGCACCAAUCCACGCUAAGGUUGAGGUAACGGAUGCAGAUAAGACCUGCCCGGCGACCAUGUAUCGAAUUGGUAUCGUGAUCGAAAAUGAAUUUUUCGAGUUAUAUCGAGCCUGCUACGAUAAAGUGAAAGUGCAAUCGCACUUUUCGGAUGCAGUUAUCUAUUGGAAACCAAUACAUCCCAAGAGUCCACGUCCUUUCUUCGAUGCUGAUAACCUAAUCAAUCAGUGGCAGGUCGCCUCUUUUGGAGCUGGAAGAGUAUACGCCACAUUCAAAUCGAUCUAUGGCAUAGAACAGGAUUAUAUUAAAUUGGACAUCAACAAAAGGGCAGAGUUAGUGAUAGAUCGAGGACAUUUAACAGCUGCCGGUGACAUGACCUUCUAUGAUCAGAUGUACAGCACUUUUAAGUAUCUGAAUGUUGUGCCACAGUUCAACUCCAUUAACAAUGGCAAUUGGUUGCAAAUUGAGCAUUGGGUGGGCAAUCAUAUUCCCCGUAAAUCUGUGCUCCACGUUCGCACCGGAGCUCUAGGUAUUCUAAAACUUCUCAACUUCGAAAAGCGGCGAACUCUGAAACCUGCUUAUUUGAUUCCCGAUAAAAAGCAAAAUCCUGUGCCUGAAUGGAUGUACAAAAUAGUUCGAAAUAUGAACGAUGAAUUGCUGUACGUUUUCCUCACCUACAAUAACAUAUUCAAGAAAACUAAGCCGACAGCUCAUAAGUGCUGCAAGGUUAUGACAUGUCCAUUAAAGUUGGAAGAUUCGGCCACACUUGGAUUUACCUACUGCUGCAAUCCAGAUGCUUUCGUAAAAUGUUUGGCUACUCUUAAAUAACAAUUAUGAGUUAAUAAUGAGUUGCUAACAAGAAUAUAUCUACAACUUUUGUAAUUUUCAUAUUUUACUGUCUUUGAAUCAUAUAUUUCUGAUGUAUUCAAGCA